CCAUAUCCUCCCAACUACUUCCAGCUCAAAACCUGAAGCAGCAUCCUCAACCUCACCACGACGCUCCCGACGUCUUUUGUUUCGCGAUCAUCAUCCAUCGACAGCACGCAUUGAGAGCGACUCAAAAAUGUUCACGAUCACUGUCCGCGCAGGUCCCGGGCGCCUCGCGGCGAAGGCGCCGCAGCUCGCUCGUGCAUUCCACUCUACUCCCAAGAACAGCUUCUUCACCCCGAGGACGGCGUCCCUCGCGUUCCGCGCCAACACAAAGUCUCCAAGCAAGAUCCUCGCAAGGCUCCAGGGCGCUUCCCGAGGCUACCAAACACAUUAUGAGGCCUACGUCGACCCCGCAACGAGACGCAAGGAGCUCUUCCGCAAGCUCAUGAUCGGCGGUGCCAUUUUCGGCGGCACCCUCGUCACGGUCAACGUCAUGUUCAACCGCGAGACGAGGGAGGACGGCGGCAUGCCGCCGUUUGAGCGGUCGUACCUCAACCGCACGUUCAUGCACACCGGCCUUGGCGUCGGCAUCAUCGGCCUGUCGGCGUACCAGAUGGUCCAGAGCGGGUUCGUCUACCGCCUCAUGGUUACCAACCCGUGGGUUGUCGGUAUCGGCGGUCUUGCCCUCAGCAUCGGUAGCAUGAUGGCCACGCGUGCGAUCGAUCCUGACAACUACAUCCCCAAGUACGCCUGCUGGACGGCCUUCAACGCGACCCAGGCCGCGCUCAUCGCUCCCCUCAUGACGAUCGCUCCCCCGGCCCUCCUUGCCCGCGCCGGCCUGUACACGCUCGCCAUGAUGGGCAGCAUCUCGUUCGUCGGUGCCACCGCCAAGCAGGACAAGUACCUCUACAUUGGCGGGCCUCUCCUGGCCGGCGCGGCCAUCGUCGCCGUCUCGGGCUUCGCGCCGCUGGUCCUGCCCGCCACGGCCGUGCGCACGCUGGCCUUCACUGAGAACCUCUGGCUGUACGGCGGCUUGGCCGUCUUCGGCGGCUUCACGCUCUACGACGUCCAGAAGGUGCUCUACCACGCGCGCGCCGCCCAACGUGGAAUCAUCAAGGAGGACCCCAUCAACGAGAGCAUCAGCCUCGAGCUCGACUUCCUCAACAUCUUUGUGCGGAUGGUGCAGAUCCUCAUGAUGCAGAACAACAGGAGGAAGUAAAAGGGAAAGCCGGUAAUUUAUUGAUAGGGGGAGGCAUUGGCAAAUGGGUAGGAACGGAUAACUGCUUGGUUUGACCGGAUGGGAUACUAGCGAUUACUUCUCUACUCGGUGUACUGUCUUGUCUCGUAACGGAUUCAUCACGCUCAGGAUCACACAAGGGUGUUGGCGAGUCCACUCAUUGUAUCAAAUAGUCUUUUCUUUCUUGAGGUAAACACACCCAACAAAAAAACCAGAUCAAAAAGUGUUACCUUCUCCAAACGCCAGGAGGAAAGUCCGUCUUGUGAAAGCGCUCCCUCGCAAAUGUCAUCCGGAAUCCCAGCUCAUAUCCGCCCGUAUACGCGAGACGCCUCACUUCAGGUCAGGAAAGCUCCUCAGGAAGUGGCUCGGACACUCGUAGCCGUGCGGGUUCUUGGUCAGGUAGAGCUGGUGGUAGUCCUCGGCGUCCCACCACUCCUUGGCCGGCAGGAUCUCGGUCACGAUCUUGCCGCCCCACCACUGCUCGUUGGCCUUCUGGGUGACCUCGCGCGCGACGGCCUCCUGCUCGGGCGUGUGGUAGAAGAUGCCGCUGCGGUACUGCGUGCCCCGGUCGGGCCCCUGCUGGUUGAGCGUGGUCGGGUCGUGCAUGCGGUAGAAGAACUCGAUGAGGGUCCGGUACGAGAGGCGGGUUGGGUCGUAGACCAGCAGCGUUGCUUCGGCGUGACCGGUGUUGCCGCUGCACACGAGCCGGUACGACGGAUUGGCCGUGUCGCCGCCAAUGUAGCCGACGCGGGCGUCGUACAGGCCCUUGUCGGCAAAGUGCUUGCGGUAGAGGUGCUCGACACCCCAGAAGCAGCCGGCCGCGACGGUUGCGCGCUCAGCGCCCUCGGGGAUCGUCACGGGAGUGGCGCUCAUCUUGCUCGAGGAGGUAAACGGGCGGAAGAAGCGGGUGAGGAACUGCGGGAGGGCAGUCAUCUACACAGGGACCAGUGUUUGGGACCAGGGGGGGGGGGGGAAUCCGGAGAAAUCUCUCUGCUGGGCUAAUCACCGAUGUCUUAAGUUAUCGAGUUGUUGCGUGGGAGCUCGGGUCUUGGCGGGGUCGUGGCGGGGUUAACUAGGAUGGCGACAAAUCCGAGUAGAUUUGCGUGCCGUCAAAUAACUAAGAGUAUUUGUUUACGAUGGAAGGUCACGCAGAAAUAGUUCAAGAUCAGGUUGGAUAGCG